AUGAGUGUCGAUAAUAUUAAAACCAAUUAUAAGGACAACAGACUUUUAGCUAUAAUUGGACCGAGAGAUCCGGAUAUUGUUUAUGAGAUCAGCCUUAAGAUGUCUGCCGAGGAAUACGUGUGUCUUAUGGCAAUGUAUAUACAACUGUUUUUAAAGAUCUUGGUUUGUGUCAAUUGUAAGCCAAUUGGCGAUACUUUACCCGAAGUGGUGGCCAUAGAGUUAUACGAAGGGGACGGCUAUAUAGAGCUCAUUGUGAAGGACCAGUCGAGUGAACGUACGUACUAUGUGGGCCGUGAGAAGUACGUGAAAAACUUGGAACUCCUAUUCAACCUUCCCUUUCAAAGGAUAAGCAGCUAUAGCUCGGACCCUAAACUUCUGAAUGUUGUCAUCAAGAAGGAUAAGACACCGGAUAAUACCCGGCUUAUUGUCGAUGGUAAUGACAAACCUGUUGCAUUCGUAAGGGUUCAAUUCUAGAAUGCACAAAUGAACUAGGUAUUUUAAUUUAAAUAAUGUGUUAAUUAAAUUAAUCUAAUUGUAUAUUUAUGAUAAAUAUUUGUUGGAAAAUAAAAUGCAUUAUUUAAAAAA